AUGGUGCCAGGGCUGCGAAGUGAAGGUGCACGAUCUCCUGUAUACAAUUCCAAAGAUGAAGAAUUCAGCAUUGAGAUGCACCACGGAGGCUUUUUUAUGGGAAAUGGUGUAAACCGGGCUUAUGUUGAUGGUAGAGUAAGCUGGUUUGACCAUUGUGAGUCAGAUUCUUGGUCACUGUUGUGGGUUGAUGAUUUCAUUGAAGAAUUAGGAUAUGAGAAAUCUGAUAACACCAAAAUUUACUGGUUGCUUCCUGGCAAACAAUUAAAUGAUGGGUUGAGGAGGGUUAAGUGUGAUGCAGACACUAAUAGUAUGGUCGCUCUUGUACCUAGGGUCCGAUCAUUUGUUUUGUAUGCAGAUCAUCAAGACAUAGUCGACGCUAUUGACUUAGAUGAUGUGGCAAUUAUUGGUUCAGAUCCUUUGCGUACUGCUGUGAAACCAAGUAAAAUAAUUAGGGCUAAGAGUGAUGGUGGGGAGUUGAUUGUAGAUAAACGUGCUACCGACGCUAAAAUUGAUGAUGAAGAGGAGUCAAGAACUGAAGAUCUAGAUUUUGUUGAUAGUGAUUAUGAGAUUGAUCAUGGGGAUGAUGACUUGUUUGAUAAUUGUGUUGAAGGGCAAAUUGAGUUAGCACAUAAUAAAGAGGAGGGUUCAGACUAUGGUUCAUCUGAAGAUGAAAGGUUGAUGAUGCCAGAUAUUUCUGAAGAAGAAGAAGAAGAAGAAGAAAUCAAGUUCAGUUUUAAGAGUUUUAGGGCUGAUGUAGACAUGGAGACACCUGAGUUCAAGGUUAGCAUGAUGUUUGCAGAUGCUGUAGAGCUUAGGAAAGCAAUAGAUCAAUAUACUAUAAAGAACCGAGUUGCUAUUAAGAAGACACGGAAUACCAAAACAAGAAUUGAAGCUAAGUGUGCUGAAGGUUGUCCAUGGAUGUUGUCUGCAUCUAUGGAUAAUAGAGUCAAAUGCUUAGUGGUAAGGGAAUAUAUAGAGAAGCACACCCGCUCUAAACAGUGGGAGAUCAAGGCCGUCACAGCUAAGUAUCUUACAAAAAGGUACAUUGAGGAAUUUAGAGAUAAUGACAAAAUGACACUGAUGAGCUUUGCUAAGAAAAUUCAGAAGGAACUCCACUUAACACCAUCUAGGCACAAGCUAGGUAGAGCUAGAAGGAUGGCUAUGAGGGCCAUAUAUGGAGAUGAAAUAUCUCAGUACAACCAAUUAUGGGACUAUGGACAAGAAUUGAGAACCUCUAACCCAAGGAGCUCAUUCUACCUGAACCUACUUUUUGGUUGCUUCCAUACUUUGUAUAUGUCAUUCGAUGCUUGCAAGAGAGGGUUUUUGUCUGGGUGUAGACCUAUCAUUUGUCUUGAUGGAUGCCAUAUUAAAACAAAAUUUGGUGGCCAUAUCCUAACUGCUGUUGGUAUGGACCCAAAUGACUGCAUUUUUCCCAUUGCAAUUGUAGUAGUUGAAGUUGAGAGCUUGAAAAGCUGGAGUUGGUUUCUUGACACUCUAAAAAAAGACCUUGGCAUUGAGAAUACAUCUGCAUGGACAGUGAUGACUGAUAGGCAGAAGGGGCUUGUUCCAGCUGUGAGAAGGGAGUUUUCUCAUGCUGAACAAAGAUUUUGUGUGAGGCAUCUAUAUCAAAAUUUUCAAGUGUUACAUAAAGGGGAGACACUAAAGAACCAACUUUGGGCUAUUGCAAGAUCUAGCACUGUGCCCGAGUGGAAUGCCAAUAUGGAAAAGAUGAAGGCAUUAAGUAGUGAAGCUUAUAAGUACCUUGAAGAAAUUCCUCCAAACCAAUGGUGUCGAGCCUUUUUCAGUGACUUUCCGAAGUGUGAUAUCCUUCUUAACAAUAACUCAGAAGUGUUUAACAAGUACAUUCUUGAUGCCAGGGAGAUGCCUAUUUUGUCUAUGCUUGAGAGGAUUAGAAAUCAGAUCAUGAACAGGUUGUACACCAAGCAAAAAGAACUAGAAAGGAAUUGGCCAUGUGGCCUCUGCCCAAAAAUAAAACGGAAGGUCGAGAAAAAUACAGAGAUGGCUAAUACAUGCUAUGUUUUGCCUGCUGGGAUGGGAGCAUUUCAGGUUAGCGACAGAGGAUCUCAAUACAUUGUUGAACUUAAUGUAAAGAGAUGUGAUUGCAGGAGGUGGCAGCUCACUGGGAUUCCUUGUAACCAUGCCAUUUUCUGUCUAAGACAUGAAAGAAUCAAGCCAGAGGAUGUAGUGUCAUUUUGCUAUUCAACCAGGUGCUAUGAACAAGCUUAUAGCUACAACAUAAUGCCACUGAGAGAUAGUAUCCACUGGGAGAAGAUGCAGGGUAUAGAGGUGAAGCCACCAGUAUAUGAGAAGAAAGUGGGGAGGCCAAAGAAAACUAGGAGAAAAUAG